AUGUCAAAGUUGUAAAUGUAAACAAACUUUGAGGUUAACAGAGAUAUAUCUAGUUAAUGUAUCAAAAUAGACGUAUAAAAGAAUUUUCAGUGUGAAGAAUAAUAUAGUUAAACGUUUGUUUUGACUAUAUGGAUAUUUUAGUGAAUAACUCAUUUAGGAUUUCUCAAAAAAGCUCAUCGUACAAAAUGGUUAGUUGUGCAUCUUGUGGCUGUACCCGGAAUAAAAAACAAAAGCAAGAUGGUGUAACAUUUCACAUGUUUCCAACAGAUGAAAGAAGGAGAGUGGCAUGGAUUCAUUUUAUGAAUGAUACUGAAUUUGUUCCUAAAACUCAAAGUUUUUUAUGCUCCCGUCAUUUUGCUGAUGAUUGUUUUGAUCGAACUUCAAAGGUGAAAGUCAGACUACAACCCAAUGCAUUGCCAACAAUUAUAGUAGAUCGUUUAAAAUAUAAAAAAAAUUAUGCAAUAGUAUACAGACCCUCGAAAUGUGUGGAGAGUUCUCUAAUGGAUCAUGAUUAUGUAUAUUCAAUUAAUGGUGCCUCAGGUAUUGCUGGACCUUCAUCUACAUCCGAGCCUUCAUAUAUUCCCAGAGAGCAAACCCCUCCAUCUUGCGAUGAGAUACCUCCAAUAAAAUCGAUAGACACACCUCGUGAAAGGGUAUUGAAACAGAGGAUUGAGAAGCUAGAGCACAGGGAGUUUUUGUAUCUCAACAAAAUCAAACACCUGCAGAAGAUUAAUUGGUCAUUAAAACAGAAAUUGAUCAAGUACAAAACACAGAAAAAAAAUGCACAUCCAACAAAAACCUCAAAAUAGCAUAUUCGAUAGUUUUCCUCCGAGUUGCAGAAUUUACUCAUUAUAUCAGCCAAAUUUGUUCAUCAAUUCAUUAUACCCAGUACAUACUUUUAAGGAUGAUUGUAAUUGCUCAAUUUUUAAUUUGUUAAUAAAAAUUAUUUUUAUUAUUA